AUGAUAAUUUCUGGUCCUAGUUCUAGUGGAAAGAGUACAUUAUUACUGAGAUUUAUUUCUGAAGCCGCAAAUUUAAUUGAACCCAAACCUAAAAGUAUACUCUAUUGUUUUGGUGAAAUGAGUAAUAUUGUCCCUAUUCUACAGAAAUCAGGUGUCAGUGUUUAUUCCGGUGUUCCCCCCGAGGAUUUGAUUAAAAAAUAUCAGAAGCCAUUACUAUUAAUACUUGACGACUUGCUUAUGUCAAUUGAUGAAAAAUAUUUGUCCGAGUUAUUUACAAAAAAAUCCCAUCAUCAAAAUUUUGCUGUCAUCUUUGUUACUCAGAAUUUAUUCGAACGCAAAAUUAAAGUUGCAAGACAAAAUGCUCAAUAUAUUAUUAUAAUGCGUUCUCCUAACUCUGUCUUAUCUGUUCGUAAUAUAGGCGUUCAACUAUUUCCCCAAAAACUCGACUAUUUCCUCGAUGCAUAUAGACAGGCAACAAAUAAACCUUUCGGUUAUCUUGUUAUUGAUAUGCAUGCUUCAUCUGACCCUGGACUGAGACUACGCACAAGUAUAUUUAAAGAAGAUGAAGAAAAAAUUAUUUUUAUUCCAAAAAAUAGAGCAUAA